AUGGAGGAAUAUAAGGAGAAGCCAGAUUAUGCACGUUGUGUUGCUAUUGUAGCAUAUGCAUCUUUGAGGGAGAUGAUAAAACCUGGUGCCUUGGCUAUUAUUUCACCUAUAGCAGUUGGUAUUGCGUUCCGGAUAUUUGGAUACUAUCCGGAGGCAAAGGAAGUGAUUGUCAUAAGGCUGCAAUUACAGGAGACAUGUAAGUCCUGCUGUCCUCCUUUUUCUGUUAAUUUGGAGAUGUCUAGUGGUACUGUGGCAGUAGAUUUGACCAAAGUGGGAGUCCCAUUCAAAGACACAGCUGGACCUUCACUUCAUGUCCUUAUUAAAAUGCUUGCUACAAAAAUGCUAGUCAUGGCUCCUGUCUUUCUCUGA